AUGGGACUUGAAAACACUUCCCUCUUUGUCUUCUUUCGAGGAGUUAUAUUACUCUACGCAGUUUUCCACGCAGGAGUAGAAUCGUCUGCCCUUUCUCGAUCAACAUAUUUCACAACGUUGACAAAUAAGAGGCUUAAAGGUUUUGUCGUGAAACGGUUUAAGUCGACCAGUCAAAUUUGGUGUAGUCAGUCUUGUUUGAAAAACGCCUGGUGUACUUCAACAAACUUCAAACUUACUCCUCAAACUUCCAAGUCUGACGGCAAAGGAACUUGUGAACUAAACAAGCACGACGUUAUCAAAGAAAACGCACAUUUACAGUUCGAGGCGGAAGUCAUUUUCUCAACACUUAUUAAGGUAAAUAAUUGCAAUGUUUUGAUCGUUUUCAAUGUAUUCAGUGAUACCAAGUUUAAUCAUCUGCAGGUUAGUCACCAAUUCGUUUAUUUUUAAAAGUCUUGUAAUUAAGCAAGUUUUCAUUUUUACAGUCUAACUCUUCCCUUACUUCAGGAAAAUAAACCCUUAAUUAGGCAGAGGUCUUCAGUGCGAUCUUUUUUUUCGGAGAGCUCCAGAAUUCAAUAAAAUUAUGAAUAAAAAAAACCUAAAAUCCAAAGAUGAUUGAAAACUGAAUUUUUACGCCGAGCUGUAGUACCAGACACACAACCUGCAUAACGACCAAAGAAAAUUAGUAAGAAUAAUCGUUGUCAUUUCUAUACCCAUAAUUUUCAAGCCUUUGUUUUGGUUGUUCCUUAACCCCCUUUUCUGUGAAAAGAUCCACCCACCUCAUGCAGUUCGUGAGCCGCAAAAACAAGCUGGUUGCACCAAACAAAUAUUUUGUUUCCCCGCCGACGUUUGAGACCUUUGGUGAUAGCAUUCAUCGAUUACCGGUUUAGCAUGAAAGUUAGAAGUUCUUUUUUUCAUGAAAACGGAAAAAUACUUCUCCUUUAACUAACUAAGGACAAUAAUAACAAGAAGAGAUGAAGAAAAAUAUUCCAUCGGGCGUUUGGUGAUAGGUAAAAUCAACUGCAAAUGUUAUGCACCUUAAAGAAACCAUUCACUAAUUAUGCAAAUUUUGUAAAGAACAAAAACUAGAACUGAUGCUUGCCAGCAGAAGCAAGUUUUGGAAAUGGCACAUACACUUUCUUUUAUUCCCUUUUAAAUGAAAUCCUUUUCCAGCAAAUGUAGGAAUUUAGAAACACCAUGUUUUGAUCGAGAUAUUUGAAAUUAUAUGCCGUCCCCAAACGGCUGGUGGGCUCUUGUUUGUUUCUCAUUUGCAUCACAAAAAAAUUGCAAUAACUCCACCGUGAGUAAAAGCUUGGGGUUGCAGCGAAUCGCAUGUUACUGUGUUUGAAUAUGUAGUAGUUUUUAACUGAAGUUUAUAGAAGCUAGACCAUUAAUAAAAUAACAUGCCUUGACUUCGUUUGGCAGAAGUCAAUACAUGUACUUGUAGAUGUUGACUAAAUGCGUAGUUAAAAGCAAAACUUUUAGGCAGCCAGUGUUUUUUUUUCCGUUGUUUUUGCCUAUAAACGCAUUACCACCUUGUAAAUCAUAUUUCAGAAGUUUGUUGAAGAAUUGGCAAGGACAGAUAAAUUGUUUCGUUAAAUUUGGCGAUAGGGUAGGCUUGAUACCCACCCGGUUGUUGGAGCUGGAUCUAGGAGAUAACAAAAAAACCGUAGUUGAGAGCGUGACUAUUUUCCAGCCAAUUGUUUUUAAUCCGUCAGUAGGAAAGUGAAAUAAUUUUGAAGCAUAUUUAUGUUUAUUUAUAUUCUUCUCAUUAUUCCAUCGGCUACUCCUCUUUAGGAUUGCCGACUAGCAGCCAGCACCUGUUUAAAUGGUGGUGUGUGUUUUUAUGACGAGAAAAAGCAAACUUAUUCAUGCCAAUGCAAGCCCCCUUGGACCGGAGAAACUUGUGCUGAUCUGUGUAAGAAACAAUUUUAUAAAUUAGAAUGAAGUUGUAAUAUGCUGCCUGUCGAGAAAAGCUUGAGAGCAGUUUUCCUGUUUCGUUUAUGUGCGACAAUUGAAAAAAUGUAGCGAGACGGUUUUCUGCAAACAAGCAAACAAACUUCGUUCGAACGCUAUUUUGAUGAGAUCUUCUCCUUAAAAAGUUUUCGCAUUGUUUUUUUUUUUUUUGUUACGCUCAUGCUUCAUGAGAUUUAAUUCGAUUCAAAAGCGUUAUUAGCUAGACCGCUUUAAUCAUAUAUGGUUUGAAGAUCGGUAGGUCAGUCGCCAUAUGAUGUAACUUCUUUUUACUGACAACAACUCUUUUGAAAUGUUGUCUUGUAAUCGCAAAAAGUUACCUGUGACAGCCAUCCCUGCAAAAACAAUGGAACUUGCACAGACGAAGUCAACGAAUAUAACUGCAGCUGUGCACCAGGAUUUUACGGGACACAGUGUGAAAAGAUUGAAGGCCUGUCUUGCUCAUCAGGUUUGUAGAGACGUGUAUCGUAUUUUGAUGACAUAUUCUGAGAGCGCAAGCUUCCUUCUACAAAGACAAGUUCUCGUGGAGAUGUGGUUCACAAUUCAACAUUUUAGAAAGUUCUUGAUGGAACAUUAAUUAAGGUUCUGGAAGACAGAAUACGCCGAUGUUUUAUUUUGAUAACGAUUUCUCAUAAAAAUUUUCGUUAACUAAUAAUCAUCAGCAACAGGAAGCUGUAAACGGUAUCUGAACAACUGCGCUCCUACCCCUCACCUAACCCAACAAUCGUCAAUUGAUAACAAGUUAAGGUUAAUGUUGGGCUAGGGGAGGGGUAAGUGUGCAGUUGCUCGCAUACUUAUAUUGAUCCAAUCUAUCGCUUUUUAACUCUUUACACCAUAACAUCAGUAUGCAUAUUCUCCAUACUGUUCUUUAUACAUUUCCUAAGGUGCUGACGAGGAGAGUUUGUUUACCGAUCAAAAGCUUCUUUGGUUGGUGAUCAUUUCCUUUAUUCUCAUGACCCUAAUGUUUGAUUCAGCGCUGAUGUUGUAUGGAGAAAUUAGGUGCUAGUCAUUCUUAGGGGUUAAAGGGUAAAAGAAGUAGAAAGUAACUAUUGGAUUUUAAAUUGUGUGAAAAGUUUAUACCUCAAGGUUUAUUUGGCUUUAGAAGUCAGAAUAACUUCAAACGAGCUCACCUAUUUAGGAGAACACCACAAGCUACCUUUGACAUCUCAGAGCGCUCAAGGUAUAUAUUUGUAUCUUUCUCUCUGGCGUGUAUGGUAGCCAUGCGGAAGCCAAGGCAAGAUUUUUCGAAAACAAAGACAAUCUUAACUCUAUGUAUCUGUUGCAACAACCGUAAGGAUUAUUUUUGUAUGUCCCCUCCAGGCUAAAUAAUCCUCUCAUUUGGAAAUCUCUGGCCUAUUUAUUUCGUAAAGAGUUUUUCUUUUAGACAGAACCCUUUGCACUUAAUGUUUAUUAAUUACGUACGUGAUCCGGUAGCAGACAUGAAAUAGAAAGUCAUCCCUGAAACAAGAUUAAUCCGGAAAUUUCGCCGUAAGAUGCAUCCAAUUUAAGAGUUGCUUUGCUAUUUCAGUGAAACUGGAGUUAAGAAAAUUGUGUUUUGCUGUUUCCUACAGCUUACCGAAUGGUCUUUGGACAGCCUACCAACAAGAGUUACGCCAGCAUAACAAACGCCACCUCGUCUAGUCUCUCGGAAUUUACUAUGUGCCUUUUUGCCAAAAUGAAGGAUACAAAUUUGAGUAAUGAACAGUGCCUCUACAGUUAUGCGACUAUUGGAGCACCUUAUGGGAAUGCCUUCUACGUUUGUCUGCUUUCCCAAGAAUUAGGAUUUCUAUAGACACCUGGGGAGAUGGGUAAGUGAUAUGACAAACACAAUAGAAAGAGUCUGUACUCGAGUCAAGUGGCCCAUCCAGCCAAACCGUAUACCGGUUUACCCCUGUAUGGGAUGCUAAUCUAUUGCAAUCUCAGCAUUUUAUUCGGUUUCCCCGACAAUGUGCCGUAAUACUCCUGGGUGGAGUGAAGCACUGCGAGAAUAAACUCUUUCACCCAAGAACACAACACAAUAACGCAAUAGAACAAGAUAGAAGAGAAGUAAAAAGUAUACCGGAAUGAAUGGCGAAUUACGCGCGAGAAAGGGACAUGAAGAUGAAUUUUUUGAGCUUCACGCGAGAUUCACACUUACCUUGGCUCACCUCAAAAAAAUAAUAUGCCUGUUCCCGCAAUAGGUUAAAGUGCUCCCAGCGGAGUAUUAUCGAGGCUUACGAUGGUAUUUGGCAUUGUUAACAACCACGUUCUCUUGUUUUUGUUCCCAAGCGACUUAAAAAUAAAUAAUUAAACGAGUCUAGUGGUUUAAUCAUUGUGACAAAAUUAAGUGCUAUGGCGUGUUGAAAAUUGAGUGCAUGGAGUUUGAGAAUUUCCGUGAGCAAGAAAAAAUGCACAGUGAAUUCCCGAAAAAACGGAGUCUUUCUCUUUUCGAAUAAAAUAAAUAAGUGACGCUCUUAAAAUAUAUCUCCCAUUCCAGCAGCUCACACAACGUUGUCAACACGCAUUCCAAUUCUAUAUGUAGCACUAUGUAUAUGUAUAUAUAUAUAUGUAUAGUUCAUAGCAGUGAUGAGGCCCAGAAGGCCGAAACAGUACAAAUAAAGGUGAACAACCAAUCUUGAUGCCACAUUGAAUAUCACCGCAAUCAGUCAAGAAACGAGUUUCUAGCAUAGUUUUAAUUGUUAUGUUCAUUUUCUAAGUGAUAUAGACAGCGGAGUCAAAAUUAAUGAUACCAUGUGGCAUCACGUUUGUGUUGCCUGGAAAAACACCAAAGGCGACUGGCAGCUUUAUCUGGAUGGACAACUUAAAAGCAAUGGAACUGACUUCAAAAAAAAUCAUCAGAUACCAGCUGGCGGAACAGUUGUCAUUGGACAAGACCAAGAUAAAGUCGGAGGGGGCUUUAAUAUCAAAGAUAGCUUUGGGCCGGGUGAGGUAACUGAAGUCAAUCUUUGGAGCAGGGUCCUUUCGGGGGAUGAAAUUGCAGCUCAGACGGCAAACUGUGACAUCGCAAAAGCAGGCCUUGUCCUCUGGUGGUUACAGUUCAAAGGAAACGUUACUAGUGUGGUAAUAGUCGAGCCCUAAAAGUGAUAGGAUUUUGAACACCACCAUCUUGUUUACGACGAACUGUUUAUCACAGAAGGAGAUCCCGGCUUCCUCGAGGAAGGAACACCUUAAACACUGAUCAAUAUCUACGUACAUGUUAAAUAGCUUUGACCACUAGUAUUAUUAUUGAUAUUACACAGAUGACAGCCCUUUUACCCAGUUCAGUAGACUGUUUUAUAGAUUGCGUCCUUGUAUUUAUGAUUUGAUAGCCUUAAGGUUGCUCUGUAGUCGCUCGCUACUGUUAAUAAAACGCCAAAGUUCAGGACUGAAGUGGCGAGUAUUAUUCAGUUAUUAGUCACGGAAACGUUUAAGCUAAGCUUGCACGAAUAUCAUGAUGUUAAUCACCAAAACAAGAUCUCUGAACCACAGGACACAAGUUGUGUCCCUUUCUCGUGAUUUCGUUGCACGAGGCAAUCGAAGGCGGUAAAAGAGAGGAUGAAAAACAUUUCUGGCUUAGGUGAAAUCUUGGAUAGUUGCAUGCCCCCCUCCAGAGUUAUAUUGUGCCAGAGUAUUUUCCCUUAACUUAACCUUUAAAGAAAAGCUCAAAACCCAGCUUUAAAUUUUGUUGGAGGAAACGAAAAAGUGGGGGGUAAAUGAACUGAGCGAAACACGUAUAUAUUAAGUAGAAUUAAUAUUGUGUAAUAUGACUGAACUAUUUAAGGAAAACAAAGCGUCAUAAGACCUGUUUGUGUUCGUCUCUUCUUUCAAAGCGAUCGAUGUUCACUCACACGGUUUGCGCUUCCUAUUUGUGCACAUUACUAUCAUAGUUCAAUUUUCAGAUAAUCAAAGUUACUUUUGGAAUUUUCAUACUUAGUUAAUGAAUAGCGUACCGGAUAUUCUUAACGCACAGGACACGACGUAAGCGUUAUUGGCCAAACGCUGACUGAUUAGUUGGCUGGAAAUUGGUCAAGUUCUUUCUGCAUUGCGUUUUUCUUUAAAUUAUAUUAUACAGUGCUCGUCUUUGUAUUUGAAGUUUCAAUGGCUGCAAUAAUUUCCUGCUGGUCUACAAUGUUGUAUUAUUUGGCUUCAAAAUUUUGAGCAGGAUUCACAUGGAUGCUAGUUACUAUAAGUUCUCCUAGAAACGAGCAAUUAUGUGAGCAUAUUACUUGGAUGAUCUUUGGGCGCCAUUACCCACAAACCCCUUCCCAAUAGGUUUCGAGAUGGCUGCCGCCCACUCUCUUUUGAGCUUCAUAGGGAGAACCUGGGAAAAAGGGAACAAGGCAAGUUGAGCUGGGUCAUUGGAAAAUCUCAUCUUGGACACGGUCGUCCUACUUUACAAAAGACAUAAAUUUUAGCCGCCAUAUUGGCCGAGGAAGGCGUGAGGAGCCUGAAAAAGUCAUACCCAGUUCUUGUUCUUGUAAGUGCUCCCUUAGUUCCUCGUCAACCAGGUCUGAAAUUGUGUCAUCUGCUCCCUUAUGACUAAAACCGAGGAGGAUUUUUCUUCUUUUUUUAUUUUUAGAGAGAAAAAUGCGAAAAGCGCUCGGGAAACAAACCAGAGAGGCUGAGAGCUACUAAGGUCCCUAACGGAAGUGACGGCCAGGAAAUAUUCAAAUGCAUCAAAAAACGCACCUUGAAGGCCAUUGUUAUAUUUAGCUAAUCAAUUUUCACACAAGCAUGUAACUGAGCAAAAAAUUCUCUAUUUUUAGGAUCAUUUAAAAGAGAGUCAUCGUUGAUUUUUUGCCAUUCGUGUUUAAGUUGUAAAGGAUUAACAUUACUUUUGAUUUCCACCGUUUUCCAUAAAUUGUGUCUAAGUCACAAAACCUUCCUACGUACCUUUGUCUUGUCUUUUCAUUUGUAAUCGUAAUUGAUUAUGUUUUUAAGUAACCGCAAGUGCAACCAAAGUAAUAUUUGAAAUAAUAUCAACGGGUUGGAACUGAUAACGACAUUCAGCUGAAAGUUGAUUUGUUCAUAAUAAAGGUAGUUGUAAUGUGCUGUCGUAAAGGAUGUUAAUUGAUGAAGUUUGAAGAAGAACCAACUUAAAGUUUUAUGUUUAAUUUCUUUUUUUUAAUUUCAUAUGUUCAUUUAUAUUCUACAUACUAUUUACUAUUUACAAUAUUUUUAAUAAGAUUUGCGACAUCAAUCACAAUACCAAUGUUACAUAAAUAAUACAAAUACGUAUUUCAACUGGGUGCCGCAAAACCAAAACCAAAUUAAUCACCUUCGUGUUAUCAAGAAGAAAGGGGGGGGGGGGGGGGGGUUUCUUGUUGUAUUUUUUCUUACAUUGGAAAUUUUGCGGCGUACUUAUAAAAUUGUUACACGCGGGAUACUAUGAAUUACUCUAUUCACGAUUAGAUUGCGUACUUACCCAAUAUAUGGUACAGUCGCUAUUAACAAUAAGGUUGCAUUAUUCUUCUUAAGUCAUAAAUAAUAACUAUGUUUACUUAAGUUACAAGGUAAAUUUAACUUGAGGGUCUCUACAGGGCAUUGAUUCUUACGGUUAACAGUUAAAAAUUUUAGUCAUUUUACGUCGAGCGAUUAAUUUCUUUCCGUUGCAAUUAAAAGAUAAAAUUUUGGGGGUUAACUUUUUUUUACGACUAAUGGUUAAAUUUAUCACUUUUUAUCCCUAAAAAUUAUUUUUUUCGCCGUUUCACGGCUAACAGCUAACCCGACUGAGACCCCUUACCUUUGGAAAGCAAUUGUUUCGAUUAUCUACACUAAAAUUAUGAGGGAGCUGUGUAUUUUGGAUUUACGUUAAAAAACACUAGACUUCUUUAAGUCCUAAUAGAAAAUAUUUAGGAAGUAUCUCCAUACAGUGUUAUUUACAAUGGACACUAAACGGUGCGAAUGUUGUCGCACGACUCUAAAUACGAUCGAACUUCAUACUAUACAACAAUGCGUUUCGCUGGUAAAUGUUUUCUGACUUCAUUACCACGAAUGUCAAAAGAAACGUCGUUCAUGCUGUAAUCACGAUACAAGAUACCUUUCUCUUCAAGUUGACUCAAAAUACACAUUAAAAUGCUGCUAAUACACAGGGCUACUAUGAAUCACGAUUAGACUGCAUACACUUGCCCAAACGUCUCGGACGUUUUCUGCAAGAUGACAGGCAAUUUGAUGGGAAAGGUUUGCUUUUCCACCACGAGGUGAUGAUCAUAGGUAGGUAAUAAGUUUAUAACCAACCGUGCAAUUUGGAAUAAGUAUGCAAGCAUGGGUAGUUUUUUUUUCAAAAACAUUGCGCAAACCCUUACGAUGCGUGUAAAGAUGUCAUGAAAUCGAGGAGUGCUUGUUUCUUCUUAAGGGAACAAUAAAUCAGCUUAAAAGAUUUCUGGGAGUGUGCAACCUUGUAUUCUUAAUUCCAAUUUCGCUUUGUUGGAGUUUAAUUAAUGUUCUCUCGACCAAUCGACACUUUUUGGUUAAUUGAAAAUCAGCAUGUUUUUCAUUCCUCACUGUAGAAUUGGCAAUCAAGCAGGCGGUGUGCGCACUCCGAUUGCGUUGCAUUGUGGAAGCUUAAUUUUCAAUAUGGCGGUGAAAGCACAAGAAAUUGCCAGAUUUUGACUGAAUAUUCCGUGAAAGUUAGGCCAUUCCCUUUUCCUUUUACCAUAGGUAAAUGUAAUUUGAAUUAUUCUUAAUGUGUAAAAGUAUUUUUGUACGUAUUGUCGUGUAUUUUAUGGUUCUCAAGGAAAAACGUAAUCACGGUCUUUUAGUAUGUAAUUUGAGCCCGAUUUUCGAGAAGGUCAAAUUGGAUGUACGUCGUAGUUUGGAGCCUUUCAAAGAUUUAGAUGGCCGCUUUGAUCCUUCUUUAACAGCUUUGACCAAACGCUCUCAAACGUCCUCCAACAGUACUUGUAUUUCUCGCAUUUUAAGUGCUACUGUUUGAGACCGAUUAUGGCCGAGGAAAAGCAUAUUGUUGCGUUACACAGCGUUACUAUUGUAUACUCAAUUGUGUUGUAAAUCUACUUUCCUAAGUAAAAGGAAAUUAACUUAUCGCGAGUGUUGUAUGGUAAAUCUACUGUCUUGAUCAUUAAAUGAAGGACAGUUGAAUUUGAGCCAUUAACGGAAUCACUUGACCAAUGAAUAACUCUACAAUGAGCACGGUGACACACCGGGUAAGCCGGAAAGCAAAAGGUAGUCGAUCGUUAAACGGUGUUGAUUGCUAGAGCGACUUCUGCCAUUCGCUUGCACUUUUAAAUCUUCUAACCUGAAGGGCUUAGCUGUUAUAACGAUAUCCUUUAAUGAAUUCCAUUUACGAUGUGGUGUUAAGGGUUAGUUUUAAGAAGAGAUGACGAGAUUGUGUUACAAAAGGUAAUAUUUUCAUGUGAGCGCGCUUUUUUUUUUUUUAAUCAGUCUCUCCCGCAGAAUAUAACUCCAAAGAUACGUUUGUCAAAACCUUAUUCUAGGUAUUUUAUAUUCUUUAAGCAUAUUUGAAACUCUGUACAUUUUUUAAUAAACGUUGAACGUGACGAAUUUGGUGUUAGGAGGUGUAAGGCUUCUCCUUUCGCGAAUUCCGUAUUCACGCCCUUAAGUGUAUGACAUGGAAAAUAAUUCGUGUAUUAGAAGGUCGCUGCCUCUUUGGAAUGCAUUUGCAUGUCAAGGAACGAUUCUCCGUUAAAUUACUCGCGGAUUUGAUAUUAUUCACACAGCUAUCAGCUAUGUGUGAAACUGCUGCCAAACGAAUAGAUUAUCAGGCAAGACUGCAGUUUCGAUUCUUUCUGAAUGUCUUCAAUUACCUCCUAACAACGAAUUUGUCACGGAGGAAUAACAGGAGUCGGACAGGCCCGCGAACACUUUUUAACUUUCGAAGGAACUGCAACAGACAGUGAAUUUUCAUUAAAUUCCACGUUUAUUCACGCUAUCUUGCUGCUACCAGAGAUGUUCACUUGACCACGACAGGAUGCAAAUGACUUAUUUUUCAUUUUACGACCAUGAUGCAACGCAAUCAGAGUGCACACACCGCCUGGCAAUCAAGCAUAAAUUUACAUUGCAAAGAGUUAAUUGCGUGGGCGAGUAUAAAUGAACGUCUCCGCAAAUUUUCCCUACGUAAAUCGAACGAUGAAAAAAUCGUGGUAAGUGGUCGUGUGUAAACUCUUGACUGAAGCCUUCAACAAACAUUGAAGGUUGAGGUGAUGGAACCUGUAAACGCUCCUCCAUUUGUUCUUUUUCGAGGAUUGUUGCUCCUCUACGCAGUUUUCAUCACCGCAUUAGAGUCAUCCACUGUUUCUGGAUCAGCAUACUUCACAACGUUGACAAAUAAGCAGCUUAAAGGCUUUGUGGUAAAACGGUUUGAGUCUCCUGGUCAAAUUUGGUGCAGUCAGUCUUGUUUGAAAAACGCCUGGUGUACUUCAACAAACUUCAAACUUGCUCCUCAUAUUUCGAAGUCUGAUGGCAAAGGAACUUGCGAACUAAACAAGCACGAUGGCUCUGUUGUUAAAGAAAACAUGCAUUUGCAGUUGGAGGAAGGUGCCACUUUCUCAAUGCCUCUUAAGGUAACGAACAGCCUAAAAUGCCAAUCAUUUGGCUUUAAAGGGCUCCGCAAGAUUAAGUUGAUGCAACUGCAGUUUAAUUAACAUUUAAAUUGUUAAUUGGAGAUUAAUUUUGAAAUUAACUAGUGUGUCUUUAUAUCGCUAAUUGACUCAUUUGAACUAAAGUCUUCAGUGCCACAUUUCUUUUUAGCAGUUUUUAGAAUUUUAAGGCUGGAAAGUGAAAAUUCAUGACCACAGCAUUAUAAUUAAAGUUGAGCAAAAACCUAACUUCGAUGUGAAAAAUAGAUGUCUUGAAUUUCCUCAAAUUAUGGGUGUAUAUGAUUGGAAAAAAUUACUGUUAUUGCACAAGAAAACCAAGAGCAUAGCUAUUUUAAAAAAGCGCUAGUCGGCACUUUCUAUCGAUUUACCAGCCUAAUAACUAGUAUGAGGUGUUGGGAGAACACGAGUAUUACUGUAAAUCAUGAGUCAAAAGGGAUUGUUGUGCUAACAUAUCCCGUGUGCGAUAUCGUCGCUAAAAUGAUAAAAAAGGCUCGAUUUAUUGCUAAAUAGCCAACAGGUGCUCUUCACGGCAAAGUGUGUUAGAAAAAAUUAGCAUACAUUUUUAAGACUACUACCCUUCUCAACGCUUUUUUUUUCGUUUUGAUUUGCUAACAAUGAAUCUCCUUUACAGAGAAACUAUUUACGCUAGAUUUCUGCAUUAUUCUUGAGUAUUCUGAGUUACGAGCAGCUGGCAUGAAACAAAAUUUAAUCCUUGAUUUCGUGUAUGCCACGAUCUUAAUACAGUCGAAAUGCAAGCAAUAAAAACCUACCUUUCCACUUUUUUUUUCUGUUUUGAGGUUUUAAUCAGAGCUGUUUUUUUUUUAAAGCGAAAUGGAUGUAUGCCUUGAAUAAUGGCAUGAAUUGACAAACAACGAGGAAAACACAGGAGAACAAAAAUUAUUGACCAUUUCUUCGAUGAAGGGCAAACCUCAUCUUGAAUAAGGUAAUGCCGGCUUAUAUGAAUCAUUAUUUAUGCAAAUAUGUCUGUUCAUAAACUUCAUUCACCAUGACCAGAACCACAGCUUUUUUCUUACUUCUGGAAACAUGCCAAAUAUUUCGCUCAGGAAUUAAAACACCGAGAAUCUAAAGCUAUCAGACGCCGCAAAGACUGAUUAAUUUCAGCAUAAGCCGAAGAAAGAAGACAUUGACUUGCUUCUGUCGGUCUUAACAAAAUAUUUUUCUGGCGUGUAAAAUGUGUUUGACAAAAUAUGUGGUCUUAUCGCCUACUAUUCAGCCUAUGUGCUAGCAUUUUGAAUUUUAAUGGCAAAAUCUUUCGGAAUGAAGGUAACAUAUACUGUGCAGGCCUCAGAAGCUGUUUUUUCUAGAGAAAUGUAGUUUAACAAAAUUGUAAUCUGUGCAGGCGACAUGGUAAGCGAACGGGUUUGUUGUUUUUGUUUGUUUCGUCUUUUUGUCUAAGUUCUGCCAAAACAGAUGAUAAAUUUUGGCACAUUAGGCUUCCGGCAUCGAAACAGCUAUUCAAUGAAAGGCGAGCUCAAUUUUCCUUUUGAAACUGAUAUCAGUGCAUUAUGGAGAUCUUCUCAAAUUUGAUUUCAUUGAUCUCUACUGAUAUGAAAUAGAUAGAGGUGUAGAUUGGUGAUUGGAUGGAUCAGAAGUGACCCAUUACAUGAAGGAAUGGAUGUUUCAAAGAAAAUACUUAAAAAAUACUUAACUUUCCGGUUGUCUAUCGAAUUUCUUUAGAAACUUACCCUCUUUAUAUAAUUUUAAAUGCAUUAUUCUUUGUUACAGGCUUAAUAACGGCAGAAAUCGACUAUUACAUUUUAAUUGAUACGGAAAUUAAUUUUUGGUCCGAAAUUUUACAUCUAGCUCGAAUCAUUGAGUCCAAGAAAAACUUAGAAAGCUGAGCACUUCUUUGGAAUAAUUCCAAAGUACAUUCAUAUUCGUGUUCUGAAUAGUUUUUUUUACGACGUAUUGUCUGUUACUACUUCCUGUUAGGGCUGCCAAAUAACCGACAGUUGUAAAAAUGGAGGUGCUUGUGUGUAUAACGAGAAGAAACAAACUUAUUCAUGCAAGUGCAAUCCCCCUUGGACCGGAGAAACUUGUGCUCAACUGGGUAAGAACAACUUUGAACAGUAGAAUGAAGAUGGUAAAGUUCUGUCGUGAAUUUAUGUAGUAUGCGCUUGUUGCGCUUGGUGAUGAAUUCACCUAGUUUCCGUUUAGAAGAUGUCAUAUUGUCAGAAAUUCUGUUUUCUUUUUGUUUGCUUGUUACGAAGCGUGGCGUAUUCCUCAAAACUACCAAUUUCAGUGUCGGUCAAAGUGGUGUAUUUGUCAUGGAAGGUGUAGCCUAUGCAAUACGAGCCCACUUUAAGCAAGUCCUUUUCUAAUUUUGAUCUUAGCAUGUAUUUUCGUGCUUUUUAUCUCAUAAACGUUUGACGCUAGGUAAAUAAUCUGAAUAAUUCAGGUUUUCAUGAAGCCGAUUUUUAAUGUCAGUCGAUAAUUUGAAAAUAGUUCCAACAAAAAUUUGUCAGAGCUUUAAAUGAUUUAGUAUUGUUUAGGCUUCCAGACUUGACCUUACAAUUCUAGUGAUUCACGCAACUGAAUCAUUUCAUUUUGAAUUUAAUAUGUAUUAAUAUACAUCAAAAAGUCACGCGCGUCCGAUUGGUCGAAAACGAGUGUAUUUUUUCAUGUAACACGAGCGCAAAGUUAUGGCACGAAUGCAAAUUUCAAAUGCAAAGUUUUGUCCGUUUUGACUGUCUGUUAUGCGUUUUUUUAUAUAAAUUAUUAAUAAGUAACAAAAUGGUUUCUCGUGCAAUUUGUACAAAUAAGCACUUAAAUUACGUUGAAGUUGACUAAUCAAAAUUGGGAUUGCGUGGGUACAUCUUUAAAGACAUCGGCAAAGACAGUAAACAGACUUAUUCUGUAAUGACAUUUUUCGCGAUGGGACUUGAAAACACUUCCCUCUUUGUCUUCUUUCGAGGAGUUAUAUUACUCUUCGCAAUUUUCCACGCAGGAGUAGAAUCGUCUGCCCUUUCUCGUUCAACAUAUUUCACAACAUUGACAAAUAAGCGGCUUAAAGGUUUUGUCGUGAAACGGUUUAAGUCGACCAGUCAAAUUUGGUGUAGUCAGUCUUGUUUGAAAAACGCCUGGUGUACUUCAACAAACUUCAAACUUACUCCUCAAACUUCCAAGUCUGAUGGCAAAGGAACUUGUGAACUAAACAAGCACGACGUUAUCAAAGAAAACACACAUUUACAGUUCGAGGCGGAAGUCAUUUUCUCAACACUUAUUAAGGUAAAUAAUUGCAAUGUUUCGAUCGUUUUCAAUGUAAUCAGUGAUACCGAGUUUAAUCAUCUGCAGGUUAGUCACCAAUUCGUCUAUUUUGAAAAGUCUUGUAAUUAAGCAAGUUUUCAUUUUUACAGUUUAACUCUUCCUUUACUUCAGGAAAAUAAACCCUUAAUUAGGCAGAGGUCUUCAGUGCGAUCUUUUUUUUCGGAGAGCUCCAGAAUUCAAUAAAAAUUAUGAAUAAAAAAAACUAAAAUCCAAAGAUGAUUGAAAACUGAAUUUUUACGCCGAGUUGUAGUACCAGACACACAACCUGCAUAACGACCAAAGAGAACUAGUAAGAAUAAUCGUUUUCAUUUCUAUACCCAUAAUUUUCAACCCUUUGUUUUAGUUGUUCGUUAACGCCCUUUUCUGUGAAAAGAUCCACCCACCUCAUGCAGUUCGUGAGCCGCAAAAACAAGCUGGUUGCACCAAACAAAUAUUUUGUUUCCCCGCCGACGUUUGAGACCUUUGGUGAUAGCAUUCAUCGAUUACCGGUUUAGCAUGAAAGUUAGAAGUUCUUUUUCAUGAAAACGGAAAAAUACUUCUCCUUUAACUAACUAAGGACAAUAAUAACAAGAAGAGAUGAAGAAAAAUAUUCCAUCGGGCGUUUGGUGAUAGGUAAAAUCAACUGCAAAUGUUAUGCACCUUAAAGAAACCAUUCACUAAUUAUGCAAAUUUUUGUAAAGAACAAAAAACUAGAACUGAUGCUUGCCAGCAGAAGCAAGUUUUGGAAAUGGCACAUACACUUUCUUUUAUUCCCUUUUAAAUGAAAUCCUUUUCCAGCAAAUGUAGGAAUUUAGAAACACCAUGUUUUGAUCGAGAUAUUUGAAAUUAUAUGCCGUCCCCAAACGGCUGGUGGGCUCUUGUUUGUUUCUCAUUUGCAUCACAAAAAAGUGCAAUAACUCCACCGUAAGUAAAAGCUUGGGGUUGCAGCGAAUCGCAUGUUACUGUGUUUGAAUAUAUAGUAGUUUUUAACUGAAGUUUAUAGAAGCUAGACCAUUAAUAAAAUAACAUGCCUUGACUUCGUUUGGCAGAAGUCAAUACAGGUACUUGUAGAUGUUGACUAAAUGCGUAGUUAAAAGCAAAACUUUUAGACAGCCAGUGUUUUUUUUUUUGUUGUUUUUGCCUAUAAACGCAUUACCACCUUGUAAAUCAUAAUUCAGAAGUUUGUUGAAGAAUUGGCAAGGACAGAUAAAUUGUUUCGUUAAAUUUGGCGAUAGGGUAGGCUUGAUACCCACCCGGUUGUUGGAGCUGGAUCUAGGAGAUAACGAAAAAACCGUAGUUGAGAGCGUGACUAUUUUCCAGCCAAUUGUUUUUAAUCCGUCAUGAAGGAAAGUGAACUUAUUUUGAAGCAUAUUUAUGUGUAUUUAUUUAUAUUUUUCUCAUUAUUCCAUCGGCUACUCUUUCUAUUUAAGAUUGCCGACUAGCAGCCAGCACCUGUUUAAAUGGUGGUGUGUGUUUUUAUGACGAGAAAAAGCAAACUUAUUCAUGCCAAUGCAAGCCCCCUUGGACCGGAGAAACUUGUGCUGAUCUGUGUAAGAAACAAUUUUAUAAAUUAGAAUGAAGUUGUUAGAUGCUGCCUGUCGAGAAAAGCUUGAGAGCAGUUUUCCUGUUACGUUUAUGUGCGACAAUUGAAAAAAUAUAGCGAGACAGUUUUCUGCAAACAAGCAAACAAACUUCGUUCGAACGCUAUUUUGAUGAGAUCUUCUCCUUAAAAGUUUUCGCAUUGUUUUUCUUUUGUAACGCUCAUGCUUCAUGAGAUUUAAUUCGAUUCAAAAGCGUUAUUAGCUAGACCACCUUAAUUAUAUAUGGUUUGAAGAUCGGUAGGUCAGUCGCCAUAUGAUGUAACUUCUUUUUACUGACAACAACUCUUUUGAAAUGUUGUCUUGUAAUCGCAAAAAGUUACCUGUGACAGCCAUCCCUGCAAAAACAAUGGAACUUGCACAGACGAAGUCAACGAAUAUAACUGCAGCUGUGCACCAGGAUUUUACGGGACACAGUGUGAAAAGAUUGAAGGCCUGUCUUGUUCAUCAGGUUUGUAGAGACGUGUAUCGUAUUUUGAUGACAUAUUCUGAGAGCGCAAGCUUCCUUCUACAAAGACAAGUUCUCGUGGAGAUGUGGUUGACAAUUCAACAUUUUAAAAAGUUCUAGAUGGAACAUUAAUUAAGCUUCUUGAAGACAGAAUACGCCGAUGCUUUAUUUUGAUAACGAUUUCUCAUAAAAAUUUUCGUUAACUAAUAAUCAUCAGCAACAGGAAGCUGUAAACGGUAUCUGAACAACUGCGCUCCUACCCCUCACCUAACCCAACAAUCGUCAAUUGAUAACAAGUUAAGGUUAAUGUUGGGUUAGGGGAGGGGUAAGUGUGCAGUUGCUCGCAUACUUAUAUUGAUCCAAUCUAUCGCUUUUUAACUCUUUACACCAUAACAUCAGUAUGCAUAUUCUCCUUACUGUUCUUUAUACAUUUCCUAAGGUGCUGGCUGACGAGGAGAGUUUGUUUACCGAUCAAAAGCUUCUUUUGUUGGUGAUCAUUUCCUUUAUUCUCAUGACCUUGAUGUUUGAUUCAGCGCUGAUGUUGUAGGGAGAAAUUAGGUGCUAAUCACUCUUAGGGGUUAAAGAGUUCAAGAAGUAGAAAGUAACUGUUGGAUUUUAAAUUGUGUGAAAAGUUUAUACCUCAAGGUUUUUUUGGCUUUAGAAGUCAGAAUAACUUCAAACGAGCUCACCUAUUUAGGAGAACACCACAAGCUACCUUUGACAUCUCAGAGCGCUCAAGGUACUUUUUUUCUGGCGUGCGUGCUAGCCAUGCGGAAGCCAAAGCAAGAUUUUUCAAAAAACAAAGACAAUCUUUACUCUGGGUAUCUGUUGCAAUAACCGUUAGAAUUACUUUUGUAUGUCCCCUCCCGGCUGAAUAAUCCUCUCAUUCCGAAUUCUUUGGCCUAUUUAUUACGUAAAGAGUUGUUCUUUUCAGACAGAACCCUUUGCACUUAGUGUUUAUCAGUUACGUACGUGAUCCGGUAACGGACAUGAGAUAUAAAGUAAUUUCUUAAACAAGAUUAAUCCGGAAAUUUCGCAGUGAGAUUCAUCCAAUUGAAGAGUUGCUUUGCCAUUUCAGUGAAGCUGGAGUAAAGAAGAUUGUGUUUUGUUGUUUCCUACAGCUUACCGAUGGUCUUUGGACAGCCUUGCAUAAAGAGUUACGCCAGCAUAAGAAACGCCAUCUCGUCUAGUCUCUCGGAGUUUACUAUGUGCCUUUUUGUCAAAAUGAAGGACACAAAUUUGACUGGUUAA